AUGCAGCCGCGCGGUGGCGGUGACCGGGCGGCCGUGAGGAAGGGGCCGUGGACGGCGGAGGAGGACGAGGUGCUGCACCAGCACGUCCGCGAGCACGGCCCCCGCGAGUGGAGCUCCAUUCGAUCCAAAGGCCUCCUCCCCCGCACCGGCAAGUCCUGCCGCCUCCGCUGGGUCAACAAGCUCCGCCCCGACCUCAAGACGGGGUGCAAGUUCUCGUCGGAGGAGGAGCGGGUGGUGAUCGACCUGCAGGCGCAGUUCGGGAACAAGUGGGCGAGGAUCGCGACGUACCUGCCCGGCAGGACGGACAACGACGUCAAAAACUUCUGGAGCACGCGGCAGAAGCGCCUCGCCAGGAUCCUCCGGGCGCCGCUGCCCCGCAGGAGGUCAGCCUCAGCCGCCACCGCCAAGCACAGCGGCAACGGCGGCGGCGGCGUAGGCGCUGCUUCGUCUUCUGCGGCGUCGAACUCUCAUGAGGCGGCAGCGGCACGCGCUUCCGAGGAUCAGUACCCCUGCUUCGGCUUGAUCCCCUUCCAACAGACGACGAUGCACCAGCACCACGUCGGCGAGAGCAGCCAAGAACCACCACUCGCGGCUAACCAGUAUGCAGGCGCGCCGUUCCCCGGAGCCGAAUCCGUCCUGCCGUUUCCCCUCGGGUUCGCCGCCAUGGACGUCGCGGCCGCGGGAUGCAGCAGCUCGUACGGCGCCGCUUCGGAAGUUCACCAACCGCUGCCCUUCCUCUACGCCGCUGACCAUGCGCCGAUGGUUGAUCCGGGAGGUCUCGUCUUCCACGGGAACGCACUGAUCGACGGCGGCGUCGGCGUGGCUUACCUGGAGCCGAAAUCGGAACCGGAGCAUUACCUGGAGCCGAAACCGGAGCCGGAGCAUUACCUGGAGCCGAAACCGGAGCAGCAGACGCCGCCCCGGUUCUUUGGGCUGGAGGAGGAAGUCGACGAUUACGGCCUCGUCGCGCCGGUGCGGCGGGGCACGGCCGACGUGCUGUUCGGUGACCUGCCCCCGGAGAUGAUCGACUUCUUCGAGCUCCCGCCGCCUCCUUCGCCGUCCAUUCGGCUGUAG